AAACAUUUCCACACCAUCAAAAUGUCAAGACUAGAUCCUUUAAUAGUAUCUGGGGUAAUAGGAGAUGUUUUGGAUUCAUUUACAAGGUCUAUAGACUUUAGUGUGGUUUAUAAUAAUAGGGUACAAGUCUACAAUGGUUGUGGUUUGAGGCCUUCACAAAUUGUCAACCAACCUAGGGUUGACAUUGGAGGAGAUGAUCUUCGCACUUUUUACACUAUG